UGGAAGUCCUGAGUUUCAUUUAUGGUCUUUGUACACUUUACAAUGCAAAGUUAGGAUUUUGUUCAUGUGUUUUGCCUAAUGUUCUAUAGCAGAUUUAUGAAUCACCUUGUACGAAAUUUAUUAAAUUGCUCUUUGGCUGUUUAAAAAUUGCAUAGGAAAUAAACGGACACCAAUCCAUAAUCUUAUGUAAAUCUCGUUUUUUUAUCUGAUAUGCGGGAAUGACAUCGGAAGUGCAACGACCAGUGUCAAGUUCUUAAUCGCGGCUGUAACGACGACAUACAAGGAUUAAACAGCAGGCAGACUGCUAGUGAUGGAAUUCGAUGAUGUGAUCCGACGCAUUGGAGAGUUUGGGAGGAUUCAGCUUCGGACGACAAUAUUUAGUGGUCUAGUGACCAUGUCGACAGCCAUGCAAAUGAUGGUAACAGUUUUUAUGCAGCAAUUACCGGCGCAUAGGUGUGCCAUUCCAGACUUGGCAAAUGACACCUUUGAAAUCCAGGGUACCUGGCACCAAUAUCUUAUCAACCAAACCAUUCCUGUAGACGGGAAUGGGGAGUAUGAGGGAUGUCUGUGGCGUAGUGGAAAUGAUUCCGGAAAUGGUAGUGUGUUGCCGUGCAAGGACUGGGUUUAUGAUACAUCUGUAUUCCCGAGAACAUUUCCUACAGAA